CUCUGAUAAUAACAGUAAAGGAAAAGUGGAUGUAUUGUUAAGUUCAUUGUCUCCCUCUUCAUUACCAAUCAACAAGGCUAUAUUGACCAAUGACAAUUUGGUAGAACCUAUCAAGGACUUGUUUAGACAAAUCAAGUGGAUGUUUGAUAGUCAGAUUGAAUCACAGGAUUUAUCGAAGCAA